CCUUGUCACCCAGACGUUGAUGGAUGCCUCUUCCUUCAUCCAUGGAUCCCAAGAGUGGUGCAGUCCGCCAGGAGAGCCACCCCCGUGGGAGAGGAGGCGUGGCCUUGCCUUCUGAUUGGGCAGCUGGUCCCGGAAAUGCAAAUGAGGCCCCCGGUGCUGGGUGGGAAUUGGCUGAGGGAAAGGUGGAGGCGGGGCUGGGCCCCGGGCCACUUCACGGAGCGGGAAAAGGAGGGGGAAGGAAUGUCACCACUGGGACCCGGUCUCAGAGAAUAAACAUUGAUGUGGAUGAGGACCGAACCAUUAUUGGGUUUGGGGGGCAAUCACAGGGGCUACAGGGGUCUGUGGGAGGAAGAAAGUGGGGUCUCCUGCAAGUGGGGUGGGGGAGGCGGCGCCUCUUCGGAGCUCCAAGCCGGCGCGAGACACCGGCGCGGGCGCCCGGCGGCGGCCACAUCUGCACUGGGGCCGGUGCGCAUCUGCACACGAGAGAAAGAGCUGCCGGCCAGGGUCCCCGCCACGCUGCCUGCCGCCCCCACCCCCAUCGGCGCGCGCGCGCCCAGCCCCGCUGGCUGGCAGACACGCGCUCGCGCUGCCUCCCUUGCCUGGCCCCCACGCUGCCACCCCCGAUUCCCCGAGGGUCCCGCAUCCGGAAAGUUGGGCUCCCGGAUCCGCAGCCUGGCGUCCCGGUGCGCACCAUGCGGGCCCUGCUGCUGCUCGGGACCGUCGCGCUGCUGGCCUCCGCGGGCCCGGCCGGGGCGCGCCCAUCCAACGACACGAGCGCCGUGGCCCCGGGCCCGCUGCCUGCGCUCCUCGCGCACCUGCGGCGCCUAACCGGGGCUCUGGCGGGCGGCGGGAGCGCGGCGGGCACCGGCGCCAACGCCACCAAGACCAGCCCCGCGGGUGGCGCGGGCGCAGCGGCUCGGGCGCCCCCUCCGGCCGAGCUCUGCCACGGCUACUACGAUGUCAUGGGCCAGUACGACGCCACCUUCAACUGCAGCACCGGCUCCUACCGCUUCUGCUGCGGCACCUGCCACUACCGCUUUUGCUGCGAGCACCGCCACAUGCGCCUGGCGCAGGCCUCCUGCUCCAACUACGACACGCCACGCUGGGCCACCACGCCUCCGCCUCUAGCCGGAGGCGCCGGGGGCGCAGGGGGUGCGGGCGGGGGGCCGGGGCCGGGCCAGGCAGGGUGGCUGGAAGGGGGCCGGGCAGGGGGCGCGGGGGGACGUGGGGGCGAGGGCCCCGGGGGCAGCACCGCGUACGUGGUGUGCGGAGUCAUCAGCUUCGCCCUAGCGGUGGGCGUCGGUGCCAAAGUGGCCUUCAGCAAGGCGUCGCGUGCGCCCAGAGCGCACCGGGAGAUCAACGUGCCCAGAGCUCUGGUGGACAUUCUGAGACAUCAGGCAGGACCUACAACCCGUCCAGACCGGGUUCGAAGCAGUUCUCUGACCCCGGGGCUAGGAGGCCCAGAGAGCAUGCCCCCCAGGACGCCCAAGAACCUUUACAACACCAUGAAGCCCUCCAACCUUGAUAACCUGCACUACAACGUCAACAGCCCCAAGCACCGCGCUGCCACACUGGACUGGCGAGCCAUGCCACCACCCAGCCCCUCCCUGCACUACUCCACGCUGUCCUGCUCGCGAUCCUUCCACAACCUCUCGCAUCUUCCCCCGUCCUAUGAGGCUGCUGUGAAGUCAGAACUGAAUCGCUACUCCUCUCUGAAGAGACUGGCUGAGAAAGAUCUGGACGAAGCCUACCUGAAGCGCAGGCAUCUGGAGAUGCCCCGCGGGACCCUGCCCUUGCAUGCCCUCCGGCGGCCUGGCACUGGAGGUGGCUACCGCAUGGAUGGCUGGGGUGGUCCGGAGGAGCUGGGCCUGGCACCGGCCCCCAACCCCCGGCGGGUGAUGUCCCAGGAGCACCUGCUGGGUGACGGUGGCCGGGCCCGCUAUGAGUUCACAUUGCCUCGAGCCCGGCUGGUGUCCCAGGAACACCUGCUGCUGUCCUCACCGGAUGCGCUGCGCCAGAGCCGUGAGCACCUGCUGUCACCCCCACGAAGUCCUGCGCUGCCCCCGGACCCCACCACCCGGGCCAGCCUGGCCGCCUCGCACUCCAACCUGCUGCUGGGGCCCGGGGGGCCCCCCACACCGCUGCACGGGUUGCCUCCGUCAGGCCUGCAUGCUCACCAUCACCACGCCCUUCACGGCUCUCCCCAGCCAGCCUGGAUGUCGGAUGCGGGCGGGGGUGGGGGCACCCUGGCCCGCAGGCCACCCUUCCAGCGCCAGGGCACCCUGGAGCAGCUUCAGUUCAUCCCGGGGCACCACCUGCCCCAGCACCUGCGUACUGCCAGCAAGAACGAAGUGACUGUCUGAGGCCGGGGUGGAGCGCCGGGGGGCUGUGGCUUCUGGGGCCCCCUCCUCCCAGCCCGGACCUCCGUCACAGGCUUAUCACACACACCAAGGGUCUGAGGCCAGACGGGGGCCCUUGGGUCGGAGACCACACUUCCUUUUGGGAUGUCACAGUAGAUGAGAUCUCUCCUCCUACUUUGUCACUGUUUGGACCAAGGCCUCCUUCCCAUGAUGUCAUCACAGAGGAAGAGGCCUGUACACGAGGUCAUCGCUAGCAAACAUGUCUGUGUUCCAACGAUGUUGUUGCAGGGACUAAACCUCCUUCCCAUGAUGUCAUCACAGAGGAAGAGGCCUGCCCGUGAGGUCAUCGCCAGAGGCUGUGUCCACACUGCAUGACGUCACCACAGAGACUCCCUGUGACGUCACCACAGACAAGGCCUUGUCCCAUCCCAUCGUCCCUAGAAGCAAAGACUCCUCGCCGCGGUGUCACUACAGAGACAAGUCCCUCACACGUCCCGAGACUUCCUGAUAUCAUCCCGAGCACCCAGGCCUCUGGAGCAAAUGGCCAUCGCAGGGAAAACGUUUCUCUGCUAUGGAGAAGAUGCCUCCGUCCCAUGAUGCCGUCACCACGGACAAAGCCAUUUUCCUGGGACACAUUGCAGAGGACCAUGCCCUGCCCUGUGGGUCCUCACUGAAGAUCAGGCCUCCUUCCCACAAUGCUGUCGUCGCAGGAUUGUGCCCCCCUCCUGUGAGGCCAUCACCAGAACAGGUGCCUUGCCCGAUGGCGCCAUCACUCACGGGACCGUGCCUCUUCCUUCAUGUGAUGUCAUUACCAGAAAUGACCACCUGUUCCGGGGACCUCCACAGGAUGAGGUCCUUCUGGGGUGUGACCACCAGUUACCGCCCACUUGGAGAUGACACCCGGAGACACUCCUAUUGCUGUGCCAUUUUGUGAGGAAAUUGGGCACGUCCGGCCCCAGACCACUUGGGAAGAUGCCAGAGAACGUGACUUUUCCUACGAUGUCAUAUGAGGGUAUGAGCACUCGGGAUGCCAAGACCAUGGCCUGUCUGUAGGAGGCUGGUGAUGAUGCCCUCCGUUACUUGGACGUCAUCAUAACGAGUUUCCUUCUCGGAGGUGGUCCCUGCUCCAGAUGACCACCACUAAUUACGUCAUCAGAGCCCUUGUCUUGCUUAAGCCCUGUAACUUUGCUCCAUGGCUUCUUCCAUGACCCAGGGACACGGCCAACAGGAUGUCUACCAGUGCCUCUAAAGGAAGGUUGGGCCUGUGCGGUGAGUCCUUGGGGGUGGCACCCAUGGAUGAGCUUCAGCUCUGAGGAGGCUACCUUGAUCCACGAGGCCUCUAGCAUCCUGGGACGCACAGGUGGGCCAAAGGCUGGCAUCACUUCUUUCUGCCAUAUCUAAAGACAUCAACUCUGUCAACAGAGUCCCCAUCCCCUCUUGGAGGGGGAGGGUUGGGGUGUACGUGCUGCUGACCUUGCCAAUGACAUCAUCAACACUACCCAGUGUCCUCCUUUCAUGAUGGCAUGGCAGUUGGGGGUCCCACGUUAACCAUGUCAUUUCCCAGGAUUCCAUAAGACUCAACGAGCACCUAUCAUCAUCUACCAGGAAUUUACCACCACUAAUGGCGUCACCGUUGUCUCCCGAGAUUCCUCACAACCAUGGUGUAAUCAUCUCCCAGGAUCCAUGUCACAUGUUGUCAUGGCCAUCUCCCGUGAUUGACCGCAACAUGUUGUCAUGGUGUGCCAGGAUCCACCACAAACACGUUCUCCUCACCACCUCCCAGAAUCCAUCACAGCAUGCUCACCUCACCAUCUCCCAGGAUCCAUCAGAACCAUGCUGUGCUCAUCUCUCAGAAGCCACUGCAACCACGGUGUUUUUGUCUCCCUGGUUGUGCCGUGACCAGUGACGUCCUUACCUUCCACAAUCCGUGAUGCCUCACAGUGGCACUCUCUAAGAGAACUUGCUGGGACUGAAAGUGCCAGUGUUCCUCAGAAUUCCUCAUAAUGGCAGCAUUAUCCUCUCCCAGAAUCCACUCUAUCCAUGUCCUCAUGUCUCAGUAGCCACCACAGCUAUGAUGUCGCCACCUCAUAAAGUCCACUUCCACUGUGGGGUCCUUGGAUUCAUGCAAUCAUGUAUCAUCCCAUCCUGGGGUCCACCUGAUAGUGUCACAGUUAUAAUCUACGAGAAUCCAUGAGAGUCAUGGCAUCAUCCCCUCGCAGGUCCCACUUCAGCUGUGUCCUAUCAUGAUCCAUCAGAUUUCCUGUAACCAUGGUGCCAUCACCUCCAAUCAGCCAUAAUAACCAAGGAUGUCUUCAUCUCCCAGGACCCAUGUUAACCCCAGUGUCUCCAUGAUCUAGGGUCCCUGAGGUCCAGUGGUAUCAUUAUCCUCGGGGUCUAUGAUAACCAUGGUGUUAUCACCUCCCUGGAUCCAUGCCAACAAAUAAUGCCAUCAUUCCCCAGAAUUCACUUCAGUCAUGGCGUCGCCGCCUCCCAGAAUCCACGUUAAAACUGAGUGUCAUCCUCAUCUUCCAGGACCCAUGGCGCUCGUGUGCUAUCUGCCAGGACCCACCACUUAGGGUCCAAAUGCUGUGACAGGCUGUAUUUCAAUUGUCCUCUGGGGUCUCAUGGCAUUUCCAGUUCCUCCCUUCAGGGGAGCCAGCACAACAGGCCAUUUCCCAUCCCCUCCCAUGAGGCCAUUUUCCAUCCCCGCCCAUGGACCAGGGAGGGGCCGCUGCCUCCCUUUCAUCAUGUCUCCCCACACACACACACCCACACACACACACUUCUUGAUUAUGUCCCUGCCUCACUCCUGAUCUGAAAAGAUAUCCGGGUCAGCCCCACCUACAGACUUGGCCUUGGCCAGCCUCCUCCACCCGCCGGUGAGCGCAUCCAAACUCUCCCUUGUCGCAUCACCACUGUCCCUCACCCAGCCAUCGGAUCGGUGACAGGGUCAACCUAGUGACCUCUCCCCAGCAGGAGCGGAAGUGGGGCUUCCCAGCCCUUGGAUGGCAUUACUGCCCCGCGCCACUCGAGCCCUGUUCCUUGGACCCCACCAGGAGCAGAACUCACUAGCUUGGGCCUAAUCCUCUUUAGAGAAUCUUGGCCCGUGGGAAGAUGCCACAGCUGAGAAACCUCUUGCUGGCCAGUUCCUGCGGUGGGUUCACCUGAGAGCAAUGGCCCCUGCUACCCUCUCCUGCAAAGGCCAAGGGGUGCUCCUUCAUCCCCUUCCUUACCGUAGCGGGGAGUACCCAGGGGCUUCAGGGAGUCCCUAACACCCAGUGCACAAUCUGACCCCUCCACACACAGUUUUCUGUACAUAAUAUAGCCAUGUUUCAAGGGGGCGGCCACUCCCCACUCUUAAAGGGCUACAUGCCCCCUCCCAGCCCCCGAGGCGAGGAGGGGGGCUCUUCUCCCUCCUCUGGGCCGCCCUCUCCCUCUCAUACCCUCUUUCCCCACCAAUGAUUGGCCUCUGUGCUCACCCCUUCUCAAGAGCCAAGAGCCUGGACGGGAUAGAUGGUGUCCGGCUCUCUCUCGCAUUGAGGAAAGUGGGAGGUUACCACCGACCUCCUCAGCUCCUGCACCGGGUUUUCAGUCUCCCGCUAAUAGACGUUCCGUUCCGUGGGCUCCCCCAUCCAUUCUAGGGCCUCCCUUCAAGCGCGCUUAACACUCCCACGGAACACACAGCUUUCUUCAGCCCCCAGCAUUGGAGGGGCUUGGGGAGCCUCCAGUUUCUAUUUGCCCGGUCUCUCCCUCCAUCCUAACCUGGAUUCCUUCCUGGGAUCUGCCCCCACCACCACCCCGCGCGCGCCCCCUUCCCCCAGUCUCCAGCCUCCAUUCACCCGCCUGACCCUGGAGCCUUGGCCUCUUAUCUCAAUAAAGCCAUAGUGGGGAGAGGUCUUGAGGGUGGGCUAGCAGGCGCUAUUCUGCUCAUCCCCGCCCCCACUACCGCCACAAUGCUUCCAGAGCUGAGACCUGGCCUUCUGAGCCUUCCCCCUGCUCCCCAGUAAACACACAGACCCACAAGGGCAGGGCGCUCACCACUGUGCAGGAAAGCGUCUCCCCUUCUGGUUGGAGGCUGCAGAGGAGAUGUCAGAGACAAGAUCAGAAGUGCCGCACCAGAGGACCCUCCGCACCUCUGAAUCCCACCCUGACUCCCGUCCCGACUCUUCUUCCAGCGCUGAACCCACCUUCAACUUCCUGGUGAGGACAGCAAGAAGAGCUGGUACUUGGGGUGUGGUGGGGAUGGGGUGUUUUUUGUUUUGGAAUAAACAGCUGUUUUUCCUGA